UUCGCUCGUAUGCAUGCAGCUUUCGAAUCUUCAAUCUCCACACUCGUAGAGUCGCGGGCUCACCUUAUACUCGUUCUUCUUCGUAAGUAUACUUUUACCGAAGUUUCGUAAAGUCAAUUAAUUAAACUCGUACUGUCAUAUUUUUUAAAAAAUGUAUAAACUUUACGGUAAAAAUCGUUAAUAAGUCGGCUUCGACUGGAUUAGAGUGAUCAACUUCUAUUCGAGUUGUUGUACAGGUGGUGAGCGAUCGGUAAAAAUAAAAGUUUCAUUUUUUCUUUUUUUGUAUCUUGUUUCACAUCGUUAUCGUUAAACGUCAGUGCGCGCCGAAAAAUUUUAAUUGAAUAUAUUUCAGUGAAAAUCGUAUCAGUGCGUGUGAGUGUGUAUAUCAGUCAUAACGAGAUGAGCUGGCGAGUUGCCGAUGUAUAAAGCUCUAGCUGCCGGCCACCGAAAAAUCGAUACCCGCUCUCGCGCAGAGUUUUUUGCAAAAACUUACUGGCUGUAAGGUACGUGACCGCGGAGGCCGUAAGUGCGGAUAAGGCGAGGAAAAAAAAAAAAACAAAAUUAAGCCGGAAAAGCUGCACCGAUCGGCAAUAAAAUCCAAGGUCGUCUGUCGUUACUGUAAUAUACAAAAGAGAAGUAAAAAUUAUACAAAGGAGAGUUAUUAACAUGUCAGGGAGAAAAAGACACAGUGAAACAAUAAUGGAAUCCUUACAUGAAAAUGGGACAGAUGAUCAUCAAGGGAAAAUUACUUUGUUUUCAACGGAAAAUACCACUGUUUCACGGGAAAAUACACCACCAAUAUUCGCUUCCAUAUGUAAAGAAGCGCCCUUCAGCGAUGAAGCAGAUGCCAUUUCAGAAGCCAACGCGUGUGAUUACAGUAUAAAAAUAUCACUUAAAGAGGCAAAGUCGGGGAAAUCUCCACGCAGAGUACGAGUUUAUGCCGAUGGAAUUUAUGAUCUUUUUCACCAAGGUCACGCGAGACAACUCAUGCAAGCGAAAAAUCUCUUUCCUAACGUAUAUCUGAUCGUUGGAGUAUGCAACGAUGAAUUGACACAUAGCAAAAAGGGCCGCACUGUCAUGACAGACGCGGAAAGGUACGAUGCCGUGCGACAUUGCCGAUACGUUGAUGAAGUUGUCCGAGACGCGCCAUGGGAACUAGAUGAUGAAUACAUUGAAAGGCACAAAAUUGAUUUUGUCGCACACGACGACAUACCGUACAUGUCCGAUGAUGGCUCUGAUGUUUAUGCGAGCCUAAAGGAGAGAGGCAUGUUUGUCGCGACACAGAGAACUGAAGGUGUGUCGACGUCUGAUAUUGUUGCAAGAAUCGUCAAAGACUACGAUGUUUACGUUAGAAGGAAUCUUGCACGAGGUUACAGUGCCAAAGAGCUAAAUGUCUCGUUCCUGAACGAAAAAAAGUUUAGAUUACAAAACAAAUUUGACGAUUUAAAAGACAAAGGAAAAAAAGUUAUGGAAAAUAUUGGUGAGAAGCGAAUCGACAUGAUAAGUAAAUGGGAAGAAAAGUCAAGAGACUUUAUCGACGCAUUCCUUUUACUUUUUGGACGAGAAGGGCGACUGUCCACGAUAUGGAAUGAGGGCAAGGGUCGAUUGAUGCAAGCUCUUUCGCCUCCUGCCAGCCCAAAGAGGGAUGGCAGUCCUAACAGCAGCAGUAGCAACAGCCAUCACCAUGAAGAUGACAACACAAGUCCACCACCGAAAAAGGCUGGGCGCUAUGAAUUCUCGCACGGUAAUCAUUACCUCAGCGAUGAUUACAGCGACGAGGACGAUAUCCAAAAGUUCUCCAAGUGAACUGCAUCAGCAGAGGCCUAAAGCUUUGUCUUUCAAAUCUCCUUUUUUUUGAAAACAAAUAAUUAACUCUGACCAACAUGUGUAGCACAACCAUUUAAAUCUUCGUCAUUGUUGACAAUUUACAAUAAUGAAAUUUUACGAUAAAAACGUUGUUCUUCGAACACAUCAAUUAUUCCUACUGACACCUUUCGAGCAUAAUUUUUCCUUUUUUCAGGAUUUCAAACGAGUCACAGUAAUAUAUAAAUGAGAACAACAUAUACUUAAGAAAAGUACAAUUUAAAUUUUCGAAAUAACAUUGAAGAGUUGUGCUCUAUGUCAUUGGAAGCGUUGAACGGCUUCAACAAAAUCUGUUGCUGCAUUAGACUAAAGAAAAAUAACGUAAUAAUUACAUUUUUUAUUUAAGUUUUCUUCUGUUUACAGCGUUUGCUGUAACAAUGUAAAAAAUGAUACGGUAUACAGCUCAUACUACUACAAAACUACUUAUAUAACUUAAGUGAAUGUUCGUGUCUUGAAUAUAUUUAUCUGUAGAUAGUUAUUAUUUUGUACAUUGAACAUUGAAAAAAAAAAAUUUGUCACUUUGAUAAGAGUAAAAAGAAUAACGAAACCGAGAGCAAAUAAAGUAAAGUAAUGAUUUUUGUUAUCUUUUUUUAUUAUUAUUAAAAUAAUGAAGGUCGCAAUUGUAGUUGUAAUUUUUUGACUUGUUUGCUAUUUUAUAUGGAUGUUUUAUAAAGAGUGAUUUUCAGAAUAGAUAUUAAAUGUAAUGUUAAAAAAAAAACAACAUUU